AUGACAAGUAAAAAUGAUUUAAAAGAGUUAAUGAAAAAUACAAGAAAAACCACAGCAUUAUCUUCGUCGUCGUCAUCUUCAUCCUCAUCGUCAAAUAAGCAAUCAUUAUCCUCAACAACUAAUUUAUCAUCGCAACAACAAACACUCGAAUUCAAUGACAAACUAUUUUUAAAAUUAAAUAGUCAAAAACAAUUAACAUGUACAAUAUGUCAAAUGAGGGUACCAAACGAAAAUAUGUGGAAUGCUCAUUGUAAAUCAUCCAAACAUUCAACCUCCUAUGAAAACUAUAUUAAACAAAUACAAAAAAAUCAAAAACAAAUAGCACCACAAACACAACCACCUACACAAACACAAACACAAACACAAACACAAACACAAACACAAACACAAACACAAACACAAACACAAACACAAACACAAACACAGCAAUCAAAAAAAAGAGAAUUAGAUUCAAACUCCACUGAAACAAAAAAUAUUGUCACUGAAACAAUAACAACUACUACAACAUCCUCAACAUCAAUAAAAUCAGUUUCAAAUGAAAAUACACCAAACAAAAAACAAAAAACAAAUAGCGAGGAGGAAAGUGCAUUAAAGGAGAUUCAGGGAUUAAUAGGAUAUGAUAGCAGCGAAAGUGAAGAUGAAACCAAUACAACAGAGGAUAAUAACGGAUUUCCCAAAGGAUUCUUUGAUGACCCAGAAGAAGAAAAAAAGGCAUUUAAAAAUGGUAGCGAUGAUGAAGAUAACUUACCUCCAGGAUUUUUCGACAAACCAUCCUCAACAAAUAAUAAUAAAAAAGUAAAAAAAGACACUGUAGAUGAAGAAGAUGAAAUUACCGAAGAGGAAUUAAAUAAGCAAAUUGAAGAGUAUAAUAGAAUAGAAAAUUUAAAUAAGCAAAAGGUAGAGGAAAUAAUAAAUAAUACAAAUACUGUCAUUUAUAAUAGUAAUAAUAUUAAUAAUAAUAAAAAUAAUAAUAAUAUAAAUACCGCAACAAUAGAAUCAAAAUUAACUAAAGAAGUUGAAAGCAUAUUGGAAGAAUCAGUAAAUUCAAUAAUUAAAGAUAUGGAUAAUGUUGAACAGGUGGUUUUAUCAAAUAAAAUUGAAGAUUUAAAAAAGAAAAAAGUUGAUUUCAAAACCGUAACAAAAAUAGAAACAAAAAAAGAACAAAGCAAUAUUGACGACGACGAAGAUGAGGAUUUAAAUUUUGACGACGAUAUGGAAAUGUUAUAUAAAAAAUCUGUAUUUAAAAAAUAA